AUCACUUUCGGUUCUGACUCAUAGAAACCUCCUGACGGUCCGCGCCCACAGCCGCGAGAAACGAAACUAAACCGGCAGCUUUAGCUAUUUAAAGCCAGCGAGGAGAUCACAGACGCAUUAUUACUGAAGACACCAUCACCAGAUAUAUUAGGAUGGUCAAUCCAAGAGGAGGAGGACAGCACAGAGGAAGAGGAGGCUUCAGUGCCCCUCAAAGAAGAGAUGGUUCUGUGCCUGGUCAAAGACAAGCAAGCAGGUCUCCCAGUCGAAGCAGAGGAAGCAGCAGAGGUGGCCGGGGAGGAGGAGGAGGAGGAAGAUGAGGAAGAGGAGGAAGAGGAGGAGAAGGAAGAGAAGGAAGGGGUCGAGGUCACCAACAAGCCAGUGGAAGUACAAACAGCCAAAGGGAACGACGGCCAGAUGAAAAAGUUCAAGGGGGAGGAGGAGAUGGAAGGGGACGAGGACAGUGGAGAAGAGAUAACCAGCACCAUCAUCAAGGAAAGCCAAGCGGGAGCAACACCCACCGCCCUGUGAUAAGAGGAGGCCUAACUAAUGCAUCUUUACACUCUCGAGGGAUUGGGAGACCUGUUCAAGGGCUCAUGCAUCAACAUUAUGUAAAUUAUUUACUUCCAGCUCCUUGCCGUCCUGAAAACACGGGUCACCAACAAGCCAGUGGAAGUAUGACUGAUGGAACAGUUGGUCCACAAGGUGAAGAACCUCAAAGAGGAAGAGAAGAAGGUCAGCGAGGUAGAGGGGGGAAUGGAAGAGGAAGAGGACGAGGGAGAGAUGGCACCCCUGAAGUACGCAAACUGGGGUAUAAAACGCUUGAAGGCCUACUGGAGAAAGAACCAUCUGAGGUGGCCAUCACCCUUUCAUCUAGCACUGGGCUCAAGAAUCUGCUUGAAGACAAUAUGAUGAGAACCGACCUGGUGCAGCUGGUUUGUCAAGUUCUCUGCAAGGCCUUCGAGUCUCGAAAUGACCGCAAGAUCGUGCUGCACUUGGCUGGCAUCGUCAAGGACUCUCCGUUUUUCCAAUACGGUCUGCCGUAUCACGUGAAUGGAAUGAUGUCGGAUUGCACGCAAGCUCGAAGGGAGCAGUAUCCCCAACAUCUGAGCAACAUCAUCAGCCUUCUCUCUGAAGUUCUCAACAUGUUUCCGCACAGCUCUAUCCAGUCGGUUUCCAUGUUGGUGGCUCUUUUGAAACCGACCGUUAACCAGUUGCGUGCUUCUGGCAUGGAUAUUCUCGACAACACUGAUGAAGACUUAGAGAAGGUGCAGGGUUUGGUGGACCAUCUCCAAGAGAAAUCAAGGGAAGGCACCUUGCGGUCAGAUAACUACUCCUUCCUGGCAGCCGACGAGGAUGCCCCGCCUGGGGAAGAAGACUUCAGGACGAUGAGCAUCUAUCCAACCAUUGAGGAGUUCCACCUAGACCAGAAGCCGUUUUUGAGACCCAACAUAAUGUCUCAGAGCUUCCCUAACGCUCGCAUCUAUCUAGACACACACUUCCGACUUCUGCGUGAAGAUUUCGUGAGGCCGCUGAGAGAUGGAGUCAGGGAGCUCCUAAGCGUCCAGCACCGUGAGACUAUCGAUGGAAUACCAAUGAAAAAGAGGCGUUUCGAUGACAUCAGAGUCUACCAUGACACCCGAUUGAUUUUGCCUCUCUGCACAUCAACGGGAAUUGCCUACAAAGUGCAGUUUAACUCACGGCUUCUUGAGUUUGUCCGGUGGGAAAAUUCCAAACGUUUGCUUUACGGAUCCCUUGUCUGUCUCUCCAUGGACAACUUCGAAACCUUCCUGUUCGCCACCGUUACCGAUCGGGAUCCAAAGCUACUGAAGCAGGGACAGGUGAAUCUCUGUUUUUCUUCUGACAGCAGGGCCAGGUUGGCCAGUGUUCAGCCCUCGGACUCCUUCCUGAUGGUCGAGACUACGGCUUACUUUGAGGCCUACCGAUAUGUCCUAGAAGGUCUUAAGGAGCAAAACGAGAAUGAUGUUCCCUUUCAAAGGUACAUAGUGGAGUGCAACACAGAUGUAGAUCCUCCAGCUUACCUUCUGGUGGAGGGAAGGUCAUAUGAUCUGUCUAGCAUCAUGGCAGAAGGACAGGAGAAGAUUCCACCCUUUAACCCCUUGACCCCACAUGCCUGGCCUGAUGAGGAAAAAAUGGGUCUUGAUGAAAGCCAACUUGAAGCACUUAAACUGGCCUUAACCAAUGAGCUGGCCAUCAUACAGGGACCACCAGGAACAGGGAAGACGUAUGUAGGCUUGAAGAUUGCUCGGGCUUUGCUAGAGAACCAUGAGGCCUGGUCAAAUGGUUGCCCUAUGCUGGUGGUCUGCUAUACCAAUCAUGCUCUUGACCAGUUUCUGGAAGGCAUCCAUCGAUUUUUGAAAGAGGGCAUUGUAAGAGUUGGAGGACGAAGUAACAGUGAAACUCUAAAGCCUUUUGGUCUGAGGGAGCUGACCAGGGCAUCAAACUUCCGCAAAAAUUUGCCACAGCACCUGAGGAGAGCCCAUCAUGAUAUCUACACACAGAUGGAGGCUGCGCAGGAGCUCUUAAAGAGACAGUCUGUUCAGCUGGAGUGCAGCUUGCGUGGCGUCCUUAAAGAAGACUUCCUGGAGAAAUACAUCUCUUCUCAGCACUGGGACAGUCUGUGUCUACAGCCAGUGAGUGUUGGAUGGUUUGAGAGUGUGGGGAAAAAGAAGCCUUCAAUGAUAGCGGAGUGGCUCGGCAUCGGAUUCUCUGGUUUUUUGCAGGGGCCACAACAAACAGGUGGAGCGGAGGCGGCAGAUGAAGACGGGGCACAGCUGGAGGAUGAGGAACUGAUUGAGAUCGAUGAAGAGGCGGAUCUGAUCCAGGCCGAGAGGAUAGUGGUGGAUGCGGAGCACGGGGAUAAAGACUGGAAUAAGCUGAGACGAGAAGAGAAAAACAUCGCUGACGUGGCUGAGUUAAUGCUGGCUAUGAACCUGAAUGAUGCUGAACCACAAGAACCAGCCCAGAAUCAGACUCAGGUCCAGAGUCAGGCUCAGAGUCAGACUGAAGAAGAGGAAUGGCAGAUGCAAGGCCACCAGAAGAAAAAAAUGAAGCAAAUGGCUAAAAAAGAGCUGAGGAAGACUUCAGCCAUGAGUGAGGAAGAAGAAAGACAAAUCAGCAAUGUGUGGAUCCUCAGUCUGAAAGACAGAUGGAGACUGUAUCGUCUUUGGGUUUUGCGCUACCGGAGUGAUCUUCGCACUAAGGCCCUCGCCUCUGAGCAGGACUAUCAGGAUGCAGCGGAGAGGCUCAAUGAAAUCCGCCGUCGUGAGGAUCUGUGUGUGCUGCAACAGGCUCGGGUCGUCGGUAUGACCACCACAGGAGCGGCUAAAUACAGACAGGCUCUGCAGGAGCUACAGCCCAGACUGGUGAUCGUGGAGGAGGCGGCGGAGGUGUUGGAGGCGCACACCAUCACCACCCUCAGCAAAGCCUGCCAGCACCUCAUACUGAUCGGAGAUCACCAACAGUUGAGGCCUAGUGCAACAGUGUAUGACCUUGCGAAGAAUUUCAAUCUGGAAGUGUCUAUGUUUGAGAGGCUUGUCAGAGUCAACUUUCCAUUUGUGCGCCUUAACUACCAGCAUCGCAUGAGGCCAAGCAUUGCUCGCCUGUUGACUCCUCAUAUCUAUGAAACUCUGGAAAACCACCCUUCUGUGCUUGAGUAUGACAAUGUUAAGGGGCUUUUGACAAAUCUCUUUUUUGUGGAUCAUGAUCACUUUGAGGAAGAGAUUAAGGAUGGACGGAGCCACCAGAACCCUCACGAGGCUCAGUUUGUGGUCGCGCUUUGCCGCUACUUGCUGCUCCAGGGCUACAAUGCCUCCCAGAUCACCAUUCUGACGACCUACACCGGACAGCUUCACUGUCUGCGUAAGCUAAUGCCUUCUCAGAAGUUCGCUGGAGUUAAAGUCCAUGUCGUUGAAUAUCAAGGGGAGGAGAACGACAUUAUCAUAUUGUCUCUGGUGCGCAGCAAUCGACAAGGGAGAGUCGGCUUCCUGAACAUAUCAAACCGUGUAUGCGUUGCCCUUUCUCGUGCUAAGAUGGGUCUCUAUUGUAUUGGAAAUAUGGAGAUGCUCAGUUCCGUUAAGCUGUGGAGCAACAUCCUUCACACUCUGAGAGAGCAAGGACAAGUGGGUCGUGCUUUGACGCUGAGUUGUCAGAACCAUCCGGCUAAUCAGAUCCUUGCAUCCUGCAGUAAUGACUUCAAAGGUGCUCCUGAAGGUGGUUGCAAUCAGCCCUGCGAUUAUCGCCUGGAUUGUGGCCAUGUCUGUACCCGUAUGUGCCACCCAUACGAUGCUGAGCACAAGAAAUACAAGUGCACCAAGGACUGCCCUAAGGUGCUUUGUGAGCUGGGCCACAGAUGUACACGUCGCUGUCACCAAGAAUGCGGUAAAUGCCAGGUACGCGUAGACAAGAUAAUUCCGUCAUGCAAGCACAAUCAGAAGGUGCCUUGCCACCAAGACCCUGAAACAUUUGUCUGUCAAGAGCCUUGCCAAAAGACCCUCCCAUGCGGCCAUCCCUGCAAGGCAACUUGUGGAGAUUCCUGCACCACUCAAUGCAUGGUAAAAGUUGAAAUGCAGCUGAAAUGUGGACAUAUGCAGGAAGAACCAUGCUACAUUUCCAGAGACCACAAAAGAGAGCCAAACUGUAGAUCUAAAUGUGGCACCACCUUGAAAUGUGGGCAUCCUUGCCCGGGAACUUGCUAUGGAUGCUGUCAAGGUCGCCUGCACAAAGCAUGCACCCACAAAUGCCCAGAAACCCUAGUGUGUUCUCAUCGGUGUCGGGAGCCUUGUGUAAGAGAUUGUCCACCAUGUUCAGUUCGCUGCGAGAACCGUUGCGUCCACAGCGCCUGCAUGAAGACUUGCGGUCAGCCUUGCGCCCCUUGCAACGAGCCCUGCGAAUGGCAGUGCCCUCACCACAGCUGUACCAAGCUGUGUCACGAACCAUGCGACCGUCCGCCUUGUUCUGUUCCCUGUAACAACACCUUGCCCUGCGGACACCGCUGCAUAGGUCUGUGCGGAGACCCUUGUCCCAAUAAGUGUCGCAUUUGCCAUAAAGAUGAGGUCACAGAGAUCUUCUUCGGCAAUGAAGACGACCCGGAUGCUUGUUUCAUUCAGCUUGAAGAUUGCAAGCACCUGUUCGAAGCUACAGGAAUGGAUCAAUACAUGAAUCUUGACGAAGACCAAGGUGCUGAACUGGAUCAAAGGGCGAUCCGACUCAAGGAUUGUCCAAGGUGUCGCACUCCCAUCCGUAGAAACCUUCGGUAUGGCACUCACAUCAACCGCAGCCUGGCAGCCAUCGAGAUGGUCAAGGAGAAGAUCAAUGGUCCACCGGAUGUGAUCAAGCAAAAGCAGGAAGUCCUUAGCUUGCAACUGCGUAAGAAGGAGAAUUUGAAGAAGCAUCUUCCCGACAAGUUUGCCUUCCUUAAAGAGAAGCUCAAAACAAAGGACCUUUCACUCCAACAACUUUGGCAUCUCGAGAACUUGAUGACCUACCUGGAGAGUGUUGGGAAACUGAAAGCAAUGCAAGAAAAACACAUGUCUCUCCUUCUGGACAAAAUUUGGCCGUUCUCUAGCAAAGUUGAAGAAGUCUUUAGAUUCCUCUUGCAUCCGACUCAGAGGUUUUCAGACCAGCAGAUUGCAGAUCUCGAACGUGAAUUAAAGAGACUCUCCUACCUGGCUGAGCUCAACGUGCGCUGUGGCAUGUCACUGAUCAGAAGUCAGGUUUAUAGCACAGAGAUCCAGCAACUAAGAGAGAUCCUGGAGGACACGUUGCCUUUCUCGGAGGGUCUAGAACGUACAGUCAAGCGGAUGUUUACGGAUCUGGACACCAAACUGCCACGCAGCGGCCUGGGCAUCACUGAUGAAGAGAGGGAGUUAAUACUCAAAGCCAUCGGUUUGAAUAAAGGCCAUUGGUACAAAUGUCCCAAUGGGCACGUGUAUGCAAUCGGUGAAUGUGGGGGUGCGAUGGAACAAAGCAAAUGCCCUGAAUGUGACGCUGCUAUUGGAGGCACUAAUCACAAUCUCAUUCAAGGAAAUGCUGUGGCGACUGAGAUGGAUGGCGCAGAGCAUGCUGCCUGGUCAGAUGCUGCCAACUUGGCAAACUUCGACCUGCAAAACUUUGAAGAAUGAAAUUCUUAGGUACUGUUGUCUUCUGUCUGCUGAUAGGGUUUUAAUCUGGUUAACACAAAUCAUGAAAUGCUGUUUAUAAUCUAAGGCGGUAUAGUUGCACCUUUAGCAGAGCAAGUUGUAAUUUAACAGUAAGCAAGAGCUUUCGAAAUGAACUUUUUCUCCACACUUGUCACUAUGGCCGUAGCCAGGGUUUGAAAAUAACCCCACAUACAACUCAUUAUAUACACUUAACACUUUAAAAGAGACGGAUAUGUAGAUGUUUGUGAAAGAUGUUUUCUCUAUUUUGAAGGAAUGUUGUACAUUUGUUGUUUUACUGCAUGCAACUAGUCAAUCUCUUGAUGAAAUGUUUCUCUCACUUGGAUUUUUGAUUCUCAUUUUUUCCAAUUUUAGCUUCCUAGCAAAUUUUCCAUUAACAGAAAAUAUAGAAGAAGAUGCAGAUUAUUUCUUGAUUUGCACAUGUCAGAUUAAAAAUGUGACACGAGAGUCCAAGUGGUUGCUACUGCCUGCUAAAUGACCAAUAACUGCAUCUUGUUUACUCCUCAAAGCCUAUUUUUACUCACAUUUCAUGCUUGGUGUGUGGAACCUAGUUAGCAAUAUUAUGCUCCACACAUUUCAGUUUCUUUAGCUUUUAAAAACAUUCUGGAAUUAUAACAACAAUGAUAAAAUAAACACUUUGUGGUUGUUUUUUUAUAACAUAUAUAUUAUCGAAAUCAGUCUCAUAAAAUAGCUAUAUAGUUGUGGUCCUGAAUGCUGGAUCCUGAUUGGUCAAUAUGGCUAAUGUACUUAAAUGUGCUUGAUCCAGAUGCGCUAACAUACAGAAUGAAAUCACCAACGAUAAGUAGCCUACAUGUUAUAAACUCUGUAUGUUCACAGAAAAUAUAGCACUUAAUAAAAUCAUGUUUUAAUGAAAA